AUGGGACCGCUAUCAAGUUCUGCAUCAGACGAUAAGCUUACGCUCAAGGAUGCGGGAGGAAAUAGUGCCCUAGGAUCUCGACCCUCGCAACAAGACCAGUACACCAUCCUCCUCCCCGCGCAGAUUCCUUUCAAGACAGAAAAGACACUCCUCUUCCUCGGAGUCUACGACGGGCACGUGACAUCCGACGUCUCCCUCCACGCCAAACAACACCUCCACCGUCUCAUCCUCGAAUCCCCCGACAUCCAAACAGGCAACUACGAGAAAGCCAUCGAAGACGCCGUCCAGAAAGAGGACAACCUUCUCCUCGAUCAAUUCAAAGCAGGGAACGAGGUGUUUGGCAAAUCCGGCUCGACCUUCUCCGUCUGCCUAGUGGAUCUCACGGACGGGGUUCUGAUCGUGGGAAACCUAGGCGAUUCGCAUGUUCUGCUCGCUGAGCAUUAUCCCAAUGGCUGGGAAGUGAAACGCAUCACGAAAGCACAUAAGCCGGGCUCCGACGCGGAAAAGGAACGCAUCAAAGAGGCUGGGGGAGUCGUGAAUCGGGAGCUCGGGUCCCCGCGAAUAGGCGCCCUGAACAUGUCACGCGCGCUCGGCGACCUCCAGUACAAAGCGCCGCUAAUCAACGCGGAUGAACCAUUCUCGCUCGAGCAGGAGAUUGCCGGGUUCAACCCGGACAAGGAACAGGGGGAUCUACUGUCUAACCGACCGGCUAUCUCACGGAUUGAACUCAAGGAGGACAGAAAGUAUAUCGUUAUUCUUACGACGGAUGGGGUGACGGAUGAAAUGGAGGAUCGGAGGAUACUUGAUCGGGCCGUAGCGCAUUGGAAUUAUGGGACUCAGGCCGAGGGCGUAGCGGGCAAGAUCACGACGGAGGCGACAGGAGGGCCGAUGAGUGAUAAUGCGACUUGUGUAUGUGCUUUUAUUUAUGGGAGGCAGCAUGAUUCGGCAUAG